GGUCAGGGAGUCUCCCUGUCUGACAGCAGCUUCACUCCUGUAGCUUAGCCUGCUAAGCGAAGCUAAGCUAACACCCGGAAGGUGCAAACUAAAGCAGCUAGCCGUGUUGUCCACGGGUUCACACCAUGGAUCUGAACCACAUCCUCUCGCAGCUUGAAACUGCAAACGAAGGGGACACGGAGGAGCUUUUGCACCGAUUCAAUCAAGAGAACUUUCAGACCUUUAAGUUUGACCCAAAAGAAGAAGCCCUGCGCAGUAAACUGUGUCAGAGUGUACUGGUGGUCUUCAGGAAACCAGUACAGCCCAGCUGUCAGAAGGAAUGUCUGGAAACGCUCCGCAUCCUGUCCAGAGAUAAGCAUGUCCUGGCACCCGUGGCCACCAGGGAGGGGAUGCUGGUCCUGAGCAGGAUGGCAGGACUGGGGACCGGACAGGAGGAGGUCGAUAACAACCAGCGGGGCUCCUCGCUGUCAGAGGAGGAGCAGAGGGUGGUGGUGGAGGCCUUAAAGUGCCUCUGUAACGUGGUGUACAACAGUGCAGCAGCUCAGCAGGUCUGUGUGGACAUACAGCUGGCUCGUGGCCUGUGUGCCAGCCUGCACUCCUACAGCUCCUGGCAGCACGAGGUGGGCCUGUUCAUACUGCGCCUCCUCUUCCUGCUGUCUGCCCUCCGCCCUGACGUGAGAGCAGCUCUGCGGAAAGAUUGUCACGCUGUGAGGCUGCUGACGGAGGUGCUGGAGCAUACCCUGGAUGUGCGCUGGGUCAGUACCUACGAAGCCGCCUGUCCAGAUCCACAGGCUCUGCCUCUGCCCAAGGAGAACAACGAGCGAGCGAUGGAAGCUCUCAAAGCCCUGUUUAACCUCACGCUCUCUGAAGCUCGGAAUGAGGAGGACGACCACCAGUUUCGACUCAUAGCUGCUAUCCUACGUCACCUGUUGAUGCUGAAAACUGAGACGGAGGAGAAAACGGAGGAAGCUCACAGCCAUGCUGUGAACCUGCUGAACAACCUGCCCAUGUCCUGCCUGGACGUGCUGAUAGACGUGCCCGUUCAGGGGGGGCAGGAGAAAUAUGGCGGGAAAAAUGUGGAUGUGGUGCAGGUGUUAUUAGACUUCAUGGAGAAGAGAAUCGACAAGGGCUCCAACUACAAAGAGGGUUUGACACCGGUGCUCAGCCUUUUAACUGAAGGAUCCAGAUGUCACAGGGAGAUCCGCAGAUACCUCAAAGCUCAGGUCCUUCCUCCAUUGAAGGAUGUGAAGAACAGGCCAGAGGUCGGCAGCACCAUCAGGAACAAGCUGGUUCGCCUCAUGACACACGUCGACAUGGGCGUGAAGCAAACGGCUGCAGAGUUUCUCUUUGUCCUUUGCAAAGAGAGCGUGGACAAUCUGUUGAAGUACACUGGAUAUGGAAACGCAGCGGGACUCCUUGUGGCUCGAGGUCUUCUCGCAGGAGGAAGAGGAGAGACUCAAUACUCCGAAGACGAAAACUCGGACACCGAAGAAUACAAAUCUGCCAAACCUUUCAUCAACCCCAUCACCGGUCACGUGGAGGAGCCGAUGCCGAAUCCGAUCGAGGAAAUGACCGAGGAGCAGAAGGAGUACGAGGCUGAGAAUCUGGCCAAGAUGUUUGACAAGUUAUCAAGGCAGAACGUCAUUCGACCGAUGGGCGUCAGGCCGGACGGGACGUUAGCUCCUCUUGAAGAAACUCUCUGUGAUCCUCCUGAAGAAAACUCAGAAUCGGACUCGGACUAGUGCACUGCACAUCUAAACCACCUUUCUAAGACUUUCGAGUCCGCCGGAGGUGGGUGGAGAGUUCUCGGCACAUCUAGAUCUGUGUCGAGAGGCGGACGUUUUAGGGGAUCCUCAAAAGCUGGCACAGACGGAUCCUACAUCGAGACAGUCAAACUAAACUGAAGACGUGUUGCACUCAAACGUUUCCCCGGGAGGUGACCAACAGAUAAAAAACACACGUCGUACAAAUGCUGUACAGUGAAGUGGGUCGCCCAGAUCACUGAGAUGAGUUUAAGAUACCGAACCGCUGGGAAAUGGUUUGGCACGUUAAAGGCUGAAAAACAAUAAUCUGUAACCACUGGGCGUGUUUGCUGCACUUUGCAGGAUUAUCAUCGUGCUUUGGUGUAGUUAAAGUGAAUUUAUGGCGUAAAGGAGGGCUGAAUACAAAUUCUACUUUCUUAGCCUUGUUUUGAAUCAUUUUGGGCAGACCUUGUGUUCAGACACUUCUAGGCGCUCUUACUGAAGAGUGGGCUGAUGGGAUGGGGUCAUCAUGUGGGAGGUAUUUAUGGUUACUGCUACAUCACUUGCGUCCUAAAAUGGGAAAAAAAAUCUUGCUGGAUUCUUAGUUUUUAAACUGCCAACACUGUUGCCAAGGUUUGAUAAAUCAUUCCUUCACGCUGGCUUAUUUUAUUCCUUUUGCAAGUUUAUCCUUGUAUUGUAAGAGUGCACAAAACAAAUAAACAAUACGAAUUUAAAUAUAAGAUGGUAGAGGCAGGAAAGUGCUCCUGCUGGCUGAA